AUGUCAGAAUACAACACAACCGACUUCACCAACCCCUCCACCUUCAUCCUGCUGGGCAUUCCUGGCCUGGAAGCAACCCAUGUUUGGAUCUCCAUCCCCUUCUGCACCGUGUACAUCAUAGCCAUCUUGGGGAACUUCACCAUCCUGUUCAUUGUGAAGAUGCAGCAGAGCCUCCAUGAGCCCAUGUUCUAUUUCCUCUGCAUGCUGACCGUCACUGACCUAGUCAUGCAUACAUCCAGCCUUCCCAAAAUGCUGAGCAUCUUCUGGUUCAAUACCAGGGAGAUCGAUUUCAGUGCCUGCCUCACCCAGAUGUAUUUCAUUCACUGCUUCUCAGUGAUAGAGUCUGGGAUCUUCGUGGCCAUGGCUUUUGAUCGCUACGUGGCCAUCUGCCAUCCCCUGAGACAUUCCACCAUCCUGACAAACUCCUUUGUGGCCAAGAUCGGCCUGGCCGUGGUGCUGCGUGGCAGCAUAGUCAUACUGCCCUUUCCCUUCCUAGCAAGGCAGUGGCCAUAUUGCAGAACCAACGUCAUCCCCCAGCUGUACUGCACACACAUAGCCGUGGUGAAGAUUGCCUGUGCCGACACCCACGUCAGUAGUUACUACGGCCUCUUUGUUCUAUUCUGUGUGAUGGAUCUGGAUGCGAUUUUUAUUGCUGUGUCCUAUAUCCAGAUCCUCAGGGCCAUCUUCAGCCUCCCCACAAGGGACGCCUGCCUCAAGACUUUGGGGACUUGCAUCUCCCACCUCUGUGUUAUCUUAGCUUUUUACAUCCCAGGUCUCUUCCUUUCCCUCAUGUACCGAUUUGCCCAGAAUGUGCCCCUGCAUUUCCACGUUCUCAUUGUCAACGUGUACCUCUUGCUGCCCCCCAUACUGAACCCCAUCAUCUAUGGGGUGAGGACCAAACAGAUCAGGGACAGGCUACUCUGUCUCUUUACUCAUAAAGGGACUUCAAGUUUUCUCCUGGUACUCUGGCUCUCAGACUGA